AUGAGCAUUAUCACAUCUGGAAUACUUCAGUUCCUCUACGAUGAUGCUGUUCACGACAUUGAAUACAAAUCAUCUGAGUUCUGGCAACAUUAUCUCAGGCAAGAAUUCUCUGACACUCGCAUCUAUGCUGUCACGUGCGAAGUGUCCCCGGACGGCUCUCGAAGGCGAAUUGAUGCUGUGGUCAAACGUUACGACGCUAGCCACCACACGAUGUCUGCUCUACUUUGGAUGGAGUGUAAAAGGCCGAGCGGCAGCAUCAGAGACGUCGAGCUUCAGGCGUUGGACGCAGCCAAAAGAUGCAUCGAGGCAGACAACUUGUUGUUCAUCUACACGAUGACCACUGUGGGGCUGUCCUUCCGCGUGUGGUUCUAUGAAGCGGACGCAGUUGCCCUUACGCCGUUUCACGGAGAAGCGACAUUCGCAGAUCGUACACAGUACAUCGACGCCGCUUCAGAAAAUGCUUGGGUUCUACCCCAGUGUCUCAAUAUGGUCAAGCAAGAGGUGCCGCUUCGAUCAGCACCAACCCUCCCGAGUCAGUCUCUGGCGGACCUUGAAGAUAAGAACCUGGACUACACAGGCAGCCAAAAGUUGUACGACCAAAGCAACGAGUAUUCUGGCGGCUUCCUACCUUCUUCAUCCACGUAUCAGCUACCCCCUGAAUGCGCUGAUGCUGCAAUCGCCGGUAGCGCUGGCCAGCAGUCGGAUCAGCCAGUCCAGAUCAAGGUUCGACGGGAGACACACAUGUUCCACCCAGACAAGUACAUAUUCAAAGAUGUAAAGGGGAAGACCAGGCAGACAGUCAGGGAUGAAUGGACACAGAUCAAACAUGGCGGGAGGAAGGUAUGGGCGUAUCACGACAAGGCGGUCCCGACCUGCAGGAUAUUCGAGGGAAGCUCGGGGCGAGAUGAGCUCAAGCCAGUCGUCUUCGCGGCGGCGAAAGAGAGGAUCACGGUCGCCAGCGAAGAAGAGUUCGAAUCCGCUAUCAAAGAGCAGUACUACCCCGAACACCACGAGCACGAAGAGUACUGGUCCAUAUGA